CCGGGAGGAAGGAAUAGUUAAACGUAUGUCGUACGAAAGCGAUUCGUAUCAAAGAAGCGAGCGAGAGUCUCGAAAGCGAGAAUGCUGAGCGAGCUGCAUCGAUUUUUCGACACACGGUUGCAAACGGCACGAUACCAAUGACCCUCGACCUAGCGCCGGUUAAAGGUCAGAGACAGUUACUGGAAUCGAUCUUAACAUUCACGAGUACGUCAGAAGAGAUCUCACUCCUCAAUCAUCACUCUGUCAAGAUGUUAAUGAAGAUGAACGAUUUAAAGGAUCGGUGAACGCGUUAAAGUGAUCGAAAUUUUCUUCUUCUUCUUCUUCUUCUUCUUCUUCUUCUUCUUCUUCUUCCUUUACUUUUUCUUUGUUUUUUCUUCUUUUUUUGUUUUGUUUUUUUUUUCCUUUUCCCUCUAAAAUUUUUUCGCUAUUCCUAUUUCAGUGAUAAAUAUACGAUAAUUUUUGCUGAUUCAUUCGUAUGCUGGAGCGACACUCAUCGUUGUCUUUGUCGUCGUUGUCGUCGUCGUAGUUGUUGUGGUCAUCGUCGUCGUCGUCGUCGUCGUCGUCGUCGUCGUCGUCGUUAUUACGAUCGUCGUCGUUCGCGAUACGCUCGACAAUGCGACGCUCUCGGUGAAUCAUUGAUCCCUCUCGAUUACACGUGAACAGUCAACGUUCGCUGCUCAACGAGAGAGAACGACGCAAUUGCGUUUGACGUGACGCGACCAAAACGAAUUUUCGAAUCGAUCGUCAAUGGAGUACUACAAGAGUACGUAGCGACGACUAAAUUAUCAUCCUGAGUUCGUUCACUUUUAUUCCCAAAUGAUACAUAAGAAGAAAUAUAAAAGGAUACGAAGGAAUAAAUAGAAAGAGCAAGAAAAAGAAAUGAAGAAUUAAAAAAAAAAAAAAAAAGAAAAAGAAAAAAAAUAGUAUCAUGGCGAUGAAAUAGAAAAUCCGUUUCCGUGUCGCGAUAAAUUCCGUUAUCGUUAUCGUCACGAGAACCCGGAAAAUAUCUAUAUAUUUGAUUUAUUAUUAUACAAACACAAUAUAUAACAUUAUCAUAGUUUAUAGUAAUAACUCAUCGUGGUGGGAUCGUAUAAAUUAUAUAUCAUUAUAAAUCUAAAAAUUAUUACUGUCAUAUUUAUCAACAGUGGAUCCAGUGGAUUAUAAUCGAUUUAAUUUGAAGAAAAUCGAACAUGAUAUCUAUUACAUUAAUAUAGAUAUAUAAUAUAUAGACACACUGUGACAAUAAUUUUCAUCUAGUAAACUUCUAGUUAAAUAUAAUCUAUGCUUUGUUAAAUAUUAAAUUAUCGUUGAAAUGAUUUGUAUACGAGGUAAAGGAUAAAGAAGGAAAGGAAAAAAAAAACAAAGAAAAAAAGGAAAAAAAAUAUAAAUAAUCGCAAGAAAAUGCGAUCGACUUUCCGAAUUGUGUCCGACUAAUAUCGUUCGUUACUACUCAAGUACAAGAAUGAAAUCAUACCGGUAGCUUCGAUUACCAGGUGCAUUGAAUAUAUUAAAAAGUUUUUAUCGAAGGACCACAUAUAUUUAUCGACAUAAAUAAAACGAUUUUAAUGAUCUUAACGCAAGAGGAAAAACAUAUGACGAAAUGACUAAGCGUCGAGAUGACUUGUAAGAAGAGAAAGAUCGUAAGAUUAACAAUAAUAAAAAUAUAAAUACAAAUUAUUUGAUUGUCGUAUAAAACGUCGUAUAGAAAACGUAUGUUGAUAAAAAAAAAGCAAAGAAAAAGAAAAAGAAAACAAAAUGACAUUUCCAAUAGAAAAUAACGUAUCUAUCGCAACGAGACACCAUUUGCUUGGAGAAAAUUGGAAUCCAUGGAACAUGGAUUACAAUAGAAUACUACGCGGUACGACUUAUCAAAGAUUUUCGAUGUAUACGUACCCAUAUAACCCGUAUAAUAAUAAUAAUUAUUAUUAUUGUGAUUAUACCACUUGCGAUAGUUAUUACAAUUUACGGCAUAACUUUCGAUUCCCAUUGAAUUUCGACUCGUACACGAUGUUCGAUCAUUAUUACAAGACAUUGGAUUCGAAGAACGUCUACCCAACGAUCUUCGACUCCCCGGUAUCCCUCGGAUCAGCAGGCUCGCCGCUCGGGAUCCAGCCGGCGGACGCACCUUCACCCAUAAACUUUCCUGCUCCAGGGGAGAGCAUGGCGGAUACCUCGACCCUGUCACCAGACGCCAACAUGCCAGGCUCGCCGGAUUGUCCUAUGGUCAAAGUGAAGAGCGAGUACGUCCUGGGCAGCCCGAGUCCAGGAACACCUCGAGAUCCUUUGCGAGUCACUGCCAUUAGUGGUGGUGGUGGAGGUGGAGGAAGUAAUGGCGGAGGUGCAGGAAGUGCUGGAGGAGGAGGUGGAGGAGGUGCUCAGGAAUUACGCGAAACAACGUGCUCGGAUCGUGCUUCGCCUGAUUCGGUCUUCCCAGAUGCUGGAAGCAUGGUGGGAUUUAGGGUUAUCGAGGAACAACAGCAGCAACACCAUCACCAGCAGCAGCAGCAGCAGCAGCAACAGCAACAGCAACAGCAGCAGCAACAUCAUCACCAGCAGCAGCAACAGCAGCAGCAGCAGCAGCAGCAGCAGCAGCAACGUUCCAGCACACCAGCACCAAACAGAUCCUCACCUUAUUCACCCGUUCAAGCUGUCUCCACGACACCAAUGCCUCUAGAACCGUCCUCAAGGAGCGAAAGUCCCGAUAAGGGUGAUCUUUCAUCUAUCCAAAUGAAAGAGGAAUCCGACAAUUCGGUCUUCGACGGUGGAGGUGGCGGCGGUGGUGGUGGUGGUGGCGGAGGCAGCGGCGGCAGUGGUGGAAAUAAUUCCGGCGUUCGUACGGACACAUCCAGCCAGCCUAGUCACCGGAAUAGUCCGUCGUCGCAAUACAAUCCAAACCAGAGUAUGAGCCCUACCGGUAGUUCGGCUCACGUCUCUCAACAGCAGCAGCAACAGCCGCAACAAGCAUCGCCAAGGGCGCGAGCGCCAUCGGUACCGCCUCAUCUCCUGGCUCAUCAUCAAUUCUGGUCACAAAAUUCCGGCGUACAGGGAUUUGCCACGCAAAGGCUACUGAACGGCGUAAUAAGUAGUGCCGUUAGUUAUGGACAAAAUGUUGCGACGGUUUCCACCAGUAGCUGCACUACUUCUAGUAGUAGUACGGGAACUGGUAAUAGCGGUGGUGGAACUUCCGGAAGUACGGGGGCAACCACAACGGCGUCUUCGUGCGAAGGAAUGAAACCACCGGCUCAAAGACCAGCCCCAGCACCACCCAGACCACCGCCCACGGUGAUCAUGGGAGAAAUCGGUGGCGUUAGGACGAUGAUAUGGUCAACGCCACCUUUGGAUCCUGUACCACCACCCGCGGCCUCGUGGACGGCCACAGCCGCGGCUGCCUCUUGUUCCUCUUCCGAGGAAUCAGCGGCACAACUUCUCCUAAACCUCGGACAAGAGUCCAGAGGGAAACCACCUUCCGUUUCCUAUUCGUCCGGACCACCCCUCAACAUGGAGAGGCUAUGGGCCGGCGAUUUAACGCAACUGCCGGCUGCCCAGCAGAUGCAAGCCCUCAAUCUCACGGCAUCAGGCUCCAGUCAGCCUUGGGUGAGAAACGGCGGGGUCGUCAAGUCCGAGGCGGCCUCGCAAUCAAUGUCGGUCGCACCACCUGCCCCACCGUUACCGCCUCAGGAACACGAGGAAGACGAAACGCCCAUGAUCUGCAUGAUCUGCGAGGAUAAAGCCACGGGUUUACAUUAUGGCAUUAUCACGUGCGAAGGGUGCAAAGGUUUCUUCAAAAGGACUGUACAAAAUAGGCGGGUGUAUACGUGUGUAGCAGAAGGUGGCUGCGAAAUCACAAAGGCACAGAGAAACAGGUGUCAGUACUGCCGUUUUAAAAAGUGUAUCGAACAGGGUAUGGUCCUGCAAGCCGUUAGAGAAGACCGGAUGCCUGGCGGAAGAAAUUCCGGUGCGGUCUAUAAUCUUUAUAAGGUUAAAUACAAGAAGCAUAAGAAGAGCAACAAAGGAAGUGGGAUGAGCGGUGGGAACAUGGGUGGCAUGGGUGGCGGUGGUAACGUUGGUGGUGUGAACGGGUCGGGAUCCCUUGGUGCCAGUAAAGGUACCAUGGGCCCGACGAUGUUAGACAAACACAUGGUAGCAGCUGCGGCUGCACAUCAUAGUCAGCAACAGCACGCACAGCUCGCUGGUAGCUUCCUUCAUCAUCAUAAAAUUUCGUCGGGCGAUCCGCUCAACUCGCAACCUACUCCCAGCCAUCCAAGUCACCCUGCCCAUUCGGGCCACCUCGUCAAUGGAACGAUCCUGAAGACUGCUUUGACCAACCCUUCUGAGGUGGUACACCUACGGCAGAGGCUAGAUAACGCCGUUAGUAGUUCGAGGGAUAGAGCAUUUCCUUUGGACGCGACCCUCGCUAUGAUUCAAACGCUCAUAGAUUGCGACGAGUUCCAAGAUAUUGCUACGUUAAGGAACUUGGACGAGCUGCUGGACCAUAAAUCAGAUUUAAGUGAGAAGCUGUGUCAAAUAGGAGACAGCAUAGUGUACAAGUUGGUGCAGUGGACCAAAAGGUUACCGUUUUACCUUGAGCUGCCGGUUGAAGUUCACACGAGGCUGCUCACUCACAAGUGGCACGAACUCCUCGUGCUGACCACCUCCGCUUAUCAGGCGAUGCACGGUCAGCAUAAGUUCACCAAUGUGGCCUCGGAUGAGACGGGCGCGGAUUUUAUGCAAGAAGUUUCCAACAACAUGUAUACGCUGCAAACGUGCCUAACUAGCAUGAUGGGCAGACCGAUAACCAUGGACCAAUUACGGCAAGACGUAGGGCUCAUGGUAGAAAAAAUAACUUAUGUCACGCUUAUGUUCAGGCGAGUAAGGCUACGGAUGGAGGAAUAUGUCUGUCUAAAAGUGAUCACCAUGCUCUCGCAAGCACGAGGAGGUACACUGGAGUUAGAACAGAUACAAGAACGGUACAUGAGCUGUCUGCGAAGUUUCGUCGAACACAGUGCACCACAGCAACCAGGUCGAUUUCACGAUCUUCUCGUCAGGUUGCCGGAAGUACAAUCAGCGGCAGCUCUACUUCUCGAGAGUAAAAUGUUCUACGUUCCUUUCCUAUUGAACUCAGCAAUUCAAAGAUAGUAAAUAAAAAAGCUGACGAUAAAAGCUGAAUUACCUAUAUACAUACUAUACAUACAUACAUAUACAUAUUAUACAUAUAUAUAUACAUAAAAAGAAGAGGUCAAAAGGAACCUAAUAACAAGACACGAGAAAAAGAUAGAGAGAGAAAGAGAGAGAGAGAGAGAGAGAGAAACAAACAAAGAAACGAAAAACCCCGUGAAAAUGGACUCAAAGAGAUAGAGAGGGGUGGAAAGGCUUUGUUUGUGUAUGUAUGAUAUAAUUAUAAAAAGUAUAUAUAUAUAUAUACAUAUAAAUAAUAUAAAUAAUAAUAUAAUUGUGUGUGUUCGUUGCGUUGUACAAAACGAAAGAGGAUAAAAUGAGAGGGAGAGAAAGAGAGAGAGAAAGAAAAGGGAAAGGAAAAAGGGAUGAAUGAGAGAAAUGGAUAAAAACUUGAAAAGAGGAAAAGAAAGAGACAGAAAGAGAAAAAGAGAGAGAG